AAGCCUAACAGCCAAGGUCUAAAAUAGCAAAAUGGAAGUAGAACUAAAUAAAGAGGAUCCAACGUUUAGGAAUCAACUAUCAGAUUUAAAGCAAUAUCAAUCACAGCUAGUAAACCCAAAGGAUUUGUACAUCAAAUAUCACGCAUUGAACAAGCACUUGGAAUUCUUACAAUUACAAGAGGAAUAUAUUAAAGACGAGCAAAAGCACUUGAAAACUGAAUUAGUUAGAGCCCAAGAGGAGGUUAAACGUAUCCAAUCCGUACCACUCGUUAUUGGUCAGUUUUUGGAAGCCAUCGAUGAAAACACUGGUAUUGUUGGCUCAACUACAGGCUCAAACUAUAUCGUUAGAAUAUUAUCCACCCUCGAUCGUGAAUUACUCAAACCAAAUUCAUCCGUUGCCUUACACAGACACUCUAACGCUUUAGUUGAUAUCCUCCCACCAGAAGCAGACAGUUCUAUUAGUUUGCUCAGUGAGAAUGAGAAACCUGCAGAAACUUAUAUGGAUAUUGGUGGUAUGGACACUCAGAAACAAGAAAUCAGAGAAGCCGUCGAGUUACCUUUAACUCACUUUGAAUUAUACAAACAAAUUGGUAUCGAUCCACCACGUGGUGUUCUUCUUUAUGGUCCACCUGGUACAGGUAAAACAAUGUUGGUCAAGGCAGUAGCACACCAUACAACCGCUGCAUUCAUUAGAGUGAACGGUUCAGAAUUCGUACAGAAGUACCUAGGUGAAGGUCCUAGAAUGGUUAGAGACGUUUUCAGAUUAGCAAGAGAGAAUGCUCCUGCAAUUAUCUUCAUUGAUGAAAUUGACGCAAUCGCAACUAAGCGUUUCGAUGCUCAAACUGGUGCAGACAGAGAAGUACAACGUAUUCUUCUUGAAUUGUUGAAUCAAAUGGAUGGUUUCGAUCAAGAUAGCAACGUUAAAGUUAUUAUGGCCACUAACCGUGCUGACACUCUUGAUCCUGCACUCUUGCGUCCUGGUAGAUUAGAUAGAAAGAUUGAAUUCCCUGUACCUUCAAGGCGUGAAAAGAGAUUGAUCUAUCAAACAAUCACAGCAAACAUGAACAUUGGACCUGAUGUAGAUUUAGAAGACUUUGUUUCAAGACCAGAUAAGAUCUCAUCUGCUGAAAUAUCAUCGAUUCUUCAAGGUAGUGGUAUGAACGCGAUCAGAAACAACUCUUACGUCGUAUUAACACCACAUAUUGAAGAAGCUUACAGCUCCGUUGUGAAGAAAUCUGAUGACACUCAUGAGUUCUACAGGUAAAUUAAUAAAAACUUAUGUAAAAUUGAAGUAUGAAUGCAU